AUGUACUGUCAAGUCAGAGAAUUUUUUUUUUUUUUUGCGACUUUAGCUGAUGAAUACGUGGAGGACAACAACGACCAUCUGUCGUACCUCGAUUGCCGCCUGCUGCUGCCAUCAUCAGUGUUUGCCGGGAUCAGUUUAUCAGCAAUUAUCAUCGGAUUAGCCCUGGGGCAUUAUUACGAUUUGCGACGAAGGCGCAGUGGAACAUUGCCAGACUGGCUGUUUGCAUCAGGCUGGUAUCCAUCACACUGCAAUAAUUCGCUACUGUCACAAAUCCCGGAGGUGCCGUGGCACUUGCCUUCCGCACUUCGAUUACUGGAGCUCACGGUCCAGGCGAACGUAUUGUUUCGCGUGGCUACAUGCGUCCCAAAUGCUCUUCGGCUUUUCCAGAGCUAUGUGCUCAGCACCGUAAAUGCGCAUUUCUCUGAGCAGUGGCUGUGGUACCGCCGUUGUAAUGCUGCCGCUCCAGUGUUUCUGCUGCUUGAAUUAUCCUUCUGCACUGUAUUUUCCAUUAACACAGUUCGACAAGAUUAUCAAAUUGUCUACAGGAUCUCAUUCAAUCUAUUUGUGAUCAGCGCAUUUAUGCAUAUGGCCGCCUAUACUGCGGUGACCAUUUAUCGAACGAACAGGAACCUCGAGGUACUGACAACACUGAGUUCCAACUUUCCAAACUGCAGUUACCUUCCGCGCUUUCGAAUAAACCUCUAUAUCCAGUUACACAGACAGAUGUAG